UAAAUAAUGAUCAUCAAUAAUUAGGAAAUCGAGUACAACCUUCAUCUCUCUCUCUCUCUCUCUCUCUCCCCCUCCCAUCUCUCUGCUCCCCAUGUGAUGAUCCCAUCCCCAAAGCACCUAGCUUCGCCAUCCCACAUACAUAGCUUAACCACCUCCAAUAUUUCUUUCCUUGUCCUUUUACUAAUCUUUCUAGUCUUUUAUCUUAGGUACUGAGUCGUUGGAGUGGGCAAGAAGAAGGGAAGAUGGGGAGGAUGAGAGACAGGGAUGGUAAGAAGGGGGGCCGCGGCGGCGAUAACGCGCCGACGCUGUCCUCCUUCUCGUCCCCGUCGUCCUCGUCAUCGUCGGACUUCGAGUUCACCGUCUCGCUUUCGCCGUCGUCGCGGCAGGCGGCGGCGCAGCUAUGCCCAGCCGACGAUUUGUUCUACAAGGGCCAGCUCCUGCCGCUCCACCUCUCGCCGCGGCUUUCCAUGGUGAGGACUCUCCUCCUCUCUUCAGUCUCCACCUCCUCCUCCGACACCGCCACCACCGCCUCCCGCGACUCCAACGGCAGCUCCUCCUCCUCCUCCUCCUCCUUCUCCGCCGACCUCGGCGGCCUUCUCCCCGACUGCGACUCCUCCCGCCCCAGCUCCGUCACUGAGGACGACGCCCGACGCGUCUCCCCCUCCGCCAAGCGCAUCAAGUACCUGUCCUCCUUCGCCAUCCGCUUCUCCUCCGUCUUCCUCCACCGCGGCAGCAAGAAGGAUCGCUCCAACGAUCUCAACAUCAACCAAAUCCCUCUCCCUCCUCCUCCUCCUCCUCCUCCCUCCAAAAGAUUGAACUCAUCUCCAUCAUCGGCGAAGGAAGUGAUCAAGAAGUAUGUCAAGAAGGUGAAGCCGCUCUACGAAAAGCUCUCAUCCUCGCAACAAAAACAAAGCCAGCAGCAGCCUCACCAGAGCAACCAAAAGAAGAUAUUUUCUUUCUCAGUUAAGAGAGAGAGACUCGCCGGAUCCGGCAAGAAAGCGGAGGAUCCCGAACAAGCCAUGGCCAGCCGCAUGGGGAUAUAUUCUCACUCACACUCUUUCUCCGGUAACCUCCGGUAUCCCCGGAGGAAGCGGUGCGCCGGGAGCUGCCCCUCGUCGAUGAGGUCAUCUCCAAGCCACUCAGGCUUGCUCUGCAUUGCCGGCAUUGGCGGUGGAUUUCCCGAUCCCCCGAUUCCUUCUUCAUCGUCGAUGAAUUCGUCGAUGCAGGAGCUGCAGAAUGCUAUAGAGGGAGCGAUAGCUCACUGCAAGAGCUCAAUGACUCAAUCCAGUCAGAAUAAGUCUUCGGCUAUGGCAGGCAAUGAUGGCGACGAGAUCUGUGGAUCUCGACUAGAAGUUUAAGACUGCUGUUACCUUAUAGUUAGAUCUCUAUGGCAUGCUUUUAGUCAGAAAAAGAAAAAAAGAGAUGGUUUUGAAGUAGUAGCUGCAGUAAGAAAAAAGCUGUGAUGUGGUCAGAUCCAGGAUGCUGCUGCUAUUUUGUCUUUCUCUUCUUAGUUUUUGUUUCUCUACUAUGCUUAGCAUGGUUGCUGUACUGUGACUCUCUUUGUUCUUUGUUCUCUUAAAUUCUAACUCCAUCUAAAUCAAGUCCACAAGUUCUGGU